AUGUUUUUUUGUCAUCAAUCAAAGAAACUUUGUCGUGAUUGUUUUUAGAAAUUUUUCAAGUUUGAUCACCAUUAAUAAACUAAAUCAUCUUUCCAUUAAAUAUUUUAUACUAGGAAAUCUCAAAAUCAAAAGGAGAAAUUCUUGAAAAAUGAAGUAUAUUAUUAUCUACAUUUUGUAGAUUUGUUAUUUGAGCUUGAUCUUAAGAGAGUGCUAUUUAAAAAAGGCAGUUUAUAUUUAUUUUAGGAGAAAAGGUCGUAUAAUUAUAAUUUGA